AUGAUCAAAGAUUUGAAUAUUAUUCAAAAAUCCGCUAUUACCCGUGAAAUCGAAUUGAGAAUUCACAAUAUAUUUGUCAACGUUAUUCCGGAUUAUUACGUGACUAGUACAACCUUUUACAAGGAAACUACGCUUGAUAUACAACUCACGUUAUAUUUUAAAUCCAUGGAAUACAAUGCUACUUAUGAUAUAUCCAAUUUUAUAGUCCAAGAUUUUAUCUUUCGAUCUAAUGCCAUAGGAGGAACAAUAGUUUUAGAAGAUGAAAAUAUUAAUUUAGUUUCAAAAGGUGAAUUAUGUGUAGUGGUAAAAGAGGUCACGAAAAAAGAAGCUAAAUUUGACGCAAAAACUGCCGCCAUGUUGGUCAUAGGAUUAAUCGCGCUAUUCGCUAUAAUCGCGUACAUGGGGUAUCGAAGUUACAUCUACUUCAAAGAAGAAAAAUUUGAUCCGCUGAUAUAUAUUCCCUGGAAGCAGAAUGAAUUCCGAAAAAUAAAGCCCUUAAUUCCCACUGAUAGGAAAGAUAUCAUACUGAUAUUAGAUCGAUUAGACGUUUUACCGACUAAAUCUAGGGACUCAAAAUCGGAGGCGGCGCCGGAACCCAAAUAUACCGAAAAGAGUCUAUGGAUAGAAUUAGCCAAAUGCUAUCUGAUUUUCUAUUACAGGGAAUACUACGAUUUCGAUUACAAUUACGUGAAAUACGAUCUGGCGUAUGAUUACGAUACCGAAGUUUUGAAGAAAUCAAAUUGGGGACACGUGGAUUACAAGUACGAAUUCGAAGACGCCGACGAGAUUAUGAGAAUACUUAAGAAGGAUAGAGAUGGGGCGGAUCACGAUUAUUACUAUUACGAUAUGAAUUACCAAUCCUAAAACUGUUAGAGAAAGUAUUUUCCGAUUCUUAAAUUUUACGAAAUUACGAUGUGUGUGUGUGUAGAAA